AUGAGUAAUGCUAAUAAAAUUGAGGAAUUACGAUAUUCGUUGGGUUUUGAGUCGUGUUUUAAUGUUAAUAGAGAAGGCAGAGGUGGUGGAUUGGCAAUUUUAUGGAAGUUUUCUAAUUUUUCAAUUCAGAGUUACUCAAGCAAUCAUAUUGAUGUUAUUGUUCAUGAUUCAAGAGUUGGAAACUGGAGACUCACUGAUUUUAACGAUAUAUUGUCGCCUGAUGAAAAAAAAGGAAGAGUAGAAAGACCAAAUUGGUUAAUCAGCGGGUUCAGACAAGCGGUUCAAGAUGCUGGUUUGGUAGACAUCCCAAUGGAAGGUUACGUGUUCACGUGGUUCAAAAUCCUAGGUACGGCGCGAGCAGUUGAAGAAAAAUUAGAUAGAGCCAUGGCUAACAACGCUUGGUGCGGGCUGUUUCCGAAUGCUAAGAUGAAGAGCUUACCGGCUACAACCUCUGAUCACUACCCCAUCUUUCUCUGUUGUGAUCCUCCUUCAACUUACGUAACGACUCGGAAAGUAUUCAGAUUCGAGAAUGCAUGGUUGUUGGAACCAGGUUUCAGUGAUUUUCUUCACGAGCAGUGGCUUAGACAUGGUGAAGAUUAUGACAGUAUUAUGAAGAAAUUGGAAGCUUGUGGUGAUAGUUUACUUCACUGGAGUAAAAAUAAUAGCAACAAGACCAGAACUGAGAUUGAGAGUAUCAGUAGAAAGCUUAAUAUUGUUAGACAGCAUGUUGAAGGGGAUAAUUUUAAUUACUUUACAGCUCUUAAAUGCCGUUUGAAUUCUCUUCUGAAAAAGCCAAGUUCUCGGAACCAGGUUCUUCAAGCUAUUAACACAUCCAUUACUACUGAAGAUAACAAUAUGUUGACCAAUCCGUUUAUUAUUACUGAAUUCAAAGAGGCUAUUUUUUCUAUGCAAGCGGAUAAAAGUCCAGGUCCUGAUGGUUUUAAUCCCGGCUUCUACCAUCAAUUCUGGGAUAUAUGUGGGGUCGAAAUCUUUAAUGCCAGUUGCUUAUGGCUGGAAAGCGGCAUUUUUCCUGAUAAGCUCAAUUCGACAAAUAUCACUCUCAUUCCGAAAGGAGACUCCCAAACCACCAUGAAAGAUUGGAGACCGAUUGCGCUGUGUAAUGUUUUGUAUAAAAUCAUAGCUAAAGUUCUCGCUAAUUGGCUUAAGAGAGUCCUUGACAAAUGUAUUUCUGAUAACCAAUCGGCUUUUGUGCCGGGGAGAUCUAUUUUGGACAAUGCCUUUGCAGCUAUUGAGGUGGUGCAUCAUAUGAAGGCAAAGACUAAAGGUAAGAGCGGAGACAUAGCUCUUAAACUUGAUAUCAGCAAAGCUUACGAUAGAAUUGAUUGGGAUUAUCUGAAGGAUGUUCUUUCUUCUAUGGGUUUCUGUCAGAAAUGGAUUGGGUGGAUUAUGCUUUGUGUAGAAACUGUUGAUUAUUUUGUGGGUGUGAAUGGUAAUAUGGUGGGUCCGAUUAUUCCGGGGCGGGGAUUGAGACAAGGUGACCCUUUGUCUCCGUAUUUGUUUAUUUUGUGCUCUGAAGGACUCUCAGCCCUCAUCAAACAAGCAGAAGCGCGAGGAGAUAUUCAUGGUGUUAAAAUUUGUAAGAAUGCUCCCAUUAUCUCUCAUUUACUUUUUGCCGAUGAUUGCUUCCUCUUCUUCAGAGCAGCUGUUAGCGAAGCAAAUAUGAUGAAGAAUAUUCUUACCACUUAUGAAGAAGCCUCUGGUCAAGCUAUCAAUUUCCAGAAGUCUGAAUUCUAUUGUAGUAGAAAUGUUGAUUCUGGACUUAGAAAUCUCUUGGCUGGUACUUUACGAGUUCAACAAGUAUUAGGUACCGGUAAAUAUCUUGGAGUCCCCUCUAUGAUAGGAAGAAACAGGAAAACUACUUUCAAGUUUAUCAAAGACAGAAUUUGGAAGAAGAUAAACUCUUGGAGUAGUCGAAGUCUCUCACAAGCAGGUAGAGAAACGCUUAUAAAAUCUGUUCUCCAAUCUAUUCCGACAUAUAUUAUGAGUAUCUUCUUACUCCCUUCCUCCUUGAUUGAUGAAAUUGAAAAAAUGUUGAACUCGUUCUGGUGGGGUCAUACAAAAGAUAACUCAAGAGGUAUUCAUUGGUUGUCAUGGGACAAACUAUCUAUGCCUAAUAUUUUUGGUGGUAUGGGGUUCAAAAACCUAAGUGCUUUCAAUUAUGCCAUGUUAAGCAAACAAGCUUGGAGCCUUAUGACUAAGCCUAACACUUUGGUUUCGCGCCUUUACAAGGCUAGAUACUUUCCCAAGUGUGACUUUCUUAAUUCAGAGAUUGGACAUAAUCCGAGUUACGUCUGGCGUAGUAUUUGGAGUGCUAAAUUUGUGGUGCGAGGAGGGUACAAGUGGAGCAUUGGUACGGGCGAGUGCAUAUCGGUUUGGGAUCAAAACUGGUUAUUCGACAGCUCUGCGGUUACUAAUUUGUGGCCCGACAAUCCGAUGGUGGCAAAUCUCAAAGUUUCUGAUCUUAUUAACCCAACUGGCAAGCAAUGGAAGUUGAAUUUGAUUUAUCCGCUAGUAGGUGGUGAAGUGGCGCAGAAAAUCGCAAACACUCCAUUAUUCGAAGCGGUUCAUGAGGAUAAAGUGUUUUGGAAUCUUGAGAAGAAUGGCAUUUUUUCUGUGCGUAGUGCCUAUCGUUACUGUGUCAACGAAGCCAUAGACACCUCUCAUCUGCGUAUUGAUAAAAAGUGGGAUUUAAUUUGGAAGAUGAAGAUCCCUCCAAGAGUCAAGAACUUCCUGUGGCGCUUAUGUAGAAAUUGUGUCCCUACUAGAACACGCCUCAUUGACAAAGGUGUCGGGUGUCCUGAUAGUUGCGUGAUAUGUGGGAAUGGUUAUGAGAAUAAUAAUCAUUUAUACUUUCAGUGUCCUAAGAGUAUUUUAGUCAACAACGAAGGAGAUUUUAGUUCUGUUGUAUUUUCUUUUCUGCAGGUCUCUACUCAUGAAAAUCAGGCGGUAUUUUCUACUAUCUUGUGGAGUAUUUGGAAAAGCAGAAACAAUGCCCUUUGGAAUCAAAUCGAGGAUUCUCCUGAGAAUACCUGCUUGCGAAGUUCGCAUCUUUUAUCAGGUUGGCGAGACGCUCAACAGGCCAGGAACUUAGCUUCUCCUAUAGAUCAAUCGGUACCCGAUCCUAAGUGGUGUAAGCCACCCACCGGUUGGCUAAAAUGCAACAUUGAUGCAUCUUUUUCUAGCAACAAGGUUGGUAUAGGCGCCUGUAUCAGAAAUGAUGAAGGUACUUUUAUUACAGCUCAGACAAAAUGGUUUUCUCCUAUUACUGAUGUUGAUACCGGUGAAGCUCUUGGACUCUUAGCUGCAAUUAAUUGGGUUUUGGACCUUGGCUAUGAUAAUGUGAUUUUCGAGUCGGACUCUAAAAGUGUAGUGGAUAGUGUGACUAUUCCUAAGCCAAACGACUCAGAUUUUGGCGCCAUUACUCGAGCUUGUUAUCAGGUCCUGACUCACUCUACUAGGAACUUUCAGGUUAAGUUUAUUAGAAGACAAGCUAAUGAAGUUGCUCAUGCUUUGGCUAAGGCGGCUCCAUCUCUUGCUAGUUUUCAUGUUUUUAACGAUGUACCUACUUGUAUUUACAAUAUUAUUAUUAAUGAAAUGGUUUAG